UUAAAAUAGCAAACAAACAUCCUCAACAGAGAGGUCCCCGAACUGUAGGUCGGUUGGACUUGCACAACCAAAAUUCGAAACGGCAAUGCAACCAAAAAUGAAAAGAGAAAAAAAAUGUUCCAUUACGAAGAAACCGAAGCUCUCACCGAGAACCAAAGAAAACGACGACAACAUGCUCCAAACCCUAGACGCGUCUAUACUAUCAACUAUGUACCGACACCACACAGAGCAAUUCGGCAUUCAAGAUUUCCAUGGAGGAGUCUUCUUCUUCUUCCACAUUGAGGUUUCGGUUCAGAGAUCACCAACAACAACCGCAGAUGGCCGACGGAGAUGGAGACGACCACACCAGUCCCGACACUUGGUCUAUCUCCAGCGACGGCGACGACGAGGUCGAGAUCGAGUCCAUGACUGGCAAGGGUAUUAAGCACCUGUGUUCGGAACUUCUUGAACUAAAGAGGAUAUCGGAUGAAGAUUUUCACAAGAAUAUAUUUUCCAAUUAUUCAGCCUUUCUCAGAAUAUUUAAAGAAUUGGAAGGCAUGGAAAAGGAAUUGAUGCAACUGAAACAGCAUGUCUCAACACAAAAGAGACUUGUAAAAGAGCUUGUUGAUGGCAUUUAUCUAAAAGUUCUAUCAAAUGAAACAGUGGAUUUAAUUAUUGAAGAACCUAUACGUGUUGAACCAUCUCCUCAAAGCAUAUUAGAGUCUCAUGCUGAUGAUGUUUCAGAAGCCCUAGAUAUCCUUCUGUCAGAACGAAGAUUAGAUGAAGCCUUGGCAAUCCUAGAACUGGAAGAUGGAGUCUUUCAGGGGAUGCAGUUGCAAGAGAAAUUUCCCUUGAACGUGCUAACUUAUUAUAACUCUGCAAUAUCAGAAAGGAGGGCAAAGAUUGCAGAUCAACUGAAACUGGUUGCUGGAAACCCUAGAGUGUCUGCUCCCGAAUUGCUAAAAGCUUUAGUUGGACUUUGUAGACUUGGUGACUCUCAUCCUGCAACUCAGUUACUGGUUAAAUAUUACCAUUCCCGCAUUGCAUGCGGGAUACGUGACUUGCAGCAUUCGAAAUCAGGAAAUGGUUCUUUCAUUCAUGAAGUUGCAAAAUUAGUAUUUUCAAUGAUUUCACAAGCUGCAAUGAGCUUUUUAGUCUUAUAUGGAGAAACAUCUUCUUAUUCUUCAGAGUUCAUGCAGUGGGCUUGUGAAGAAACUGAAUUGUUUGCUGCCUCUUUCAAUAAAUAUGUUAGAUCCAUUUCAGAAAUAAGUGGUGGACUGGUAACAAUUGUGGAAGCUGUGCAGUCUGCAUUGUCAUAUUGCUCUUUGUUGGAAACUCAGAAAGUGGUGCUACAUCCAUGCUUGGUGAAGCAUAUCCGUCCUUGUGUGGAAGACGUUCUACAGAUUCACAUAGACCAUUUUAAGAAAGUCAUUCAGAUUUUUACUUCUACAGAUGCUUGGGUUGUGGACAAAUAUCUUCUAUCAGGGAUAUUAAGCGAAGGGUGCUCUUCUGUAGUUAUUGGGCAACAACCAGAAUAUUGCCUGCUCACUAACAGCGGUCGGAAGUUCGUAACACUGUUGCAGGCUAUCACAGAAGACAUUUCCCCUUUAGUUGCCUUUCAAAUGGAAGCUUUUAUCCUCAAAGGACUCAUGGCCCUCUUCACAGAGUAUCUUGCCAUUCUUGAAAGUGUUCUCACUGGUAAAGCACAUGGUUUGGAGAGAGGAGGUCGAGGAGACAAUUCGGCAGAGUCACUGGAACAACAAGUUUCUGUAGUAGCCAAUUUAUCAACGCUUGUACGACUUUUCUCCAGCAUUAUCAAAAGUGUCUUCAAGGGCAUCAAUCACCUCGAUUUUGAAGUUCAUAACUUUAUGUUAUAUAUUCAAGAAGCUUCUGAUCGAAUCAGAGCUCAUUUCUGCCAGCAAUUUAUAUGCAAAAUAAUGUAUGGGAGUGGCUGCAGACUUUCACAAGAAACUUGGGUUGGUGGCCAGAGUGAUUCUGACACAUCUGAAGAUAUGAUGCCCUCUGUUGUUUUUCAGGGAGUAUUUUUGGAGCUAAGGAAAUUAGAAAAACUUGCUGACGGCAACUUUGUUGAAGUGGAUGGGUUGCCAGAGCUUAUGAGGGAACUGAUAGAGGCCAUAUUCAUUUCCAUCUCAAAUAAUGAAGAAUUGUGGACAACUACCAAAGAGGAUUUAGCUGUCCAACGUUGUGAGAAUUUCAAGCAGUUUGUUUUGGAUAUGCAAUUCCUGGUGGAAAUUGCAAGGGAAGGAGGAUACUUUACCAAUAACAUACUGACGGCCUCCCUGGCUCUCAUAUCUCACAUGGAAUCAAUCUUUCUUUCUGCUGGGCUGGAUCCUAGAAGGGAUAUGAUUGAUGAAGGAUGGGCUAUAAAUUCUGCUAAGGAAGCCCAUCAAAAACUACGAGAGAUUGAAGAAACAAAACCAUCGCCAAAAGAAACUACUGGUUAUCUGGAAGAGAAAACAAAAGAUGACCAGCCUGGCUAUGCGAGUGACUCCUUUGAGAUUGAUGACACCACAAGUUCCUCGGAGAAUUUCGUUGAGUCAGCAGAGCCGGUAGUCAUAAAUGUGUCAGAAGUUGUCUUUAGUGCUGGCACAGAGAUAUUAAAAAUAGAAGACAUGGAAGCAGAUGGUGGUUUUGAAUCUGAUGAUAGGAGUGCUGUAAAUUCUUCUAAUGUUAUUAUUACAUCAGAAGACGUGGAACCUGAAACUGCAGUUGAUGCCAUGACAAAAAUACGACAGAAAAUCCGAAAAACUAAAUCAUCAUCAAAAGAGCUGCUUUCUGAUGGCAAUGGUAGAAAAACUUCCUCAGAAUGGUGUCCCAAAGAGGAGGAUGAAACUAGCACUCAACUUGAAUAGUCUGAGCAAGUGAUUCAUAAGCUAGAAGCGAGUGUCCAAAUGGGAUUGGCAGGGACUUUUGCAUCUUUGAAAGGUAUUGACAGACCGCAAGAUGAAGAUGAAGAUGAAGAUGAAGAUGAAAAAAUUAUGGGAAAGGCAUUGCGGAAAGCAAAAUCCAGAUUGCAAGAUGAAUAAUGCCAACAAUGGUUGGCAUGGCUGAGCACAAUUAGCGGCGUAAAUCAGUUAUUUUGACGGGUUUGAGACUAAUUAGGUUAAUGAUAGGAAUCCGGGGCAACUAUCAUAAUAAGAUUUCUUCUAGAGAGUUUCUCUAUUUCGUGCCUAUACUGCUGAUAGUCUUUGAAUUCAACAGAAUUGUUGCAGAGUUGUAAUUUGUUACUUGUGAUGAUGAUGUUUCCUCCAAUCACUUAGAUAGUGUGAGUGCAUAACUUUUUGAGAGAAUAAGAAUUUAGUGUUCUUCUGGAAAUAUCCAAUUUACAAUAAGCUAAGAUUGUAGUGGGAAACAGAGCACCUGUGCCUUUUUUUUUUUCCUGCAUCAUUCAGUAGUUCUCUCAUUUCCUUAACGACUUUAAGGUUAGUGCAUUGAAAUUUUACACCGUUAACGUUA